GCACUUCAGUAGUGUGUAGAACAGAGGGCUGAGAAGCAUAAGGGAAUAUUCGGGAGUGAUUUCACUGCAACACCUUAGACCACCAAGGAUGGAAUUGGCCUACUCGGUUGAACUUGGAGCCUUUUGUUGCUCAUUUCCAGUUUCCUGAGUGCCCCGGCGGGGUGAUGUGUGAGGGAGAAGGGGAGGAGGAGUUUGCUUGAGUCCAGUGUUGGAGCCACACAGUGGCUAGCGUGCGUCUGAUGUCAGAGGCUCCAGGCUUCCCUCUCUCUGAGUCCUGCAGCCUGCUUCCUGGGCUUCACUGCUGGGGAGGCGUGAGUCACGGCCCUGUUGGAGCAUGUGGCUGCUGACUGUGCUUCAUGGGAACCUGCCAGGCUGGUAGUCAGAGAGAGUCGUGUGCGUGUUUCCCUCUCGACACUCUGGGACAUGAGGGUGUCUGAGGAGAGCUGCAGCGUGGAGACGGAGGUGUCUGUUCCGCCCGCCGGGAACGCAACCCCCGCAAGCCUUCAGAGCCUGAAUGCUGAUGGCCAGCCGCCUUUGAACCCGCGCCGCCUCCUGGUGGCAGACAGCCGGCACUCCCCCAGGGCGUCCCAUCGAACGCUAUCCCCGUCCUGGAUUGAUCCCGUUGGGCUGUGGAAGAUGGAGACUGAGAUUCUUCCUCCUGAUCUGAAGGUAUUCCGCACAGUACUGGCAGGGGGUUCCCGAGGCAGAGUGGACUCCGGUUCUGCACUGCAGGGGAACUGCGUUCAUGUUGUGCCACCUGUCCGGUGCCCCCAGCCUUCUCUGUCCACGUCUAGCGGCAGCAGCGAUUUGCGCUCCGCACUGGCAUCGGAUCUGACCACGUUAGCGGGAAACGGCACAAGCCGCAACCGUCACGUGAAAGGUGGGCGCUCUCAUCCGGAACAUCCCAGAGCGGACCGCUCGCUCGACGGCUCCUCAAAGGUCCUCACGCGAGACAAAACCUCUUUCAAACGGACCUCCGCCGACAAAGACCAGACCGGCCUUCCGCCCAAGGGCCAGUUAGUGCGGAAUAGGAAGGAGCGCUCCACGCUGCUGGUCCGGAGGUUUUACAAAAACAACCAGAAGGUGAGGAAGCUGGUGCGCGCGGGCACCAGAGACCUGAUUACGGUGCUGCCCCCAGGACACAUGGGUGCGAACGCCACGGAGGUCCUCUCCAGGACGCGACGCCCGGACUCCAUCCCCACACACAGGGGGCCGGCCGGGGCCGGCAGCUUGCAGGAGUGCCGGAUUCUCUGUCCUGAGGGCAGAUGUCUGGAGUUGCUGGUCUUCUCUGUGCUGAGCGCGUGGGAGGGAGCGUUCGAACCGGCAAAUCUUCUCCACCCUUCCUGGAAGAUCCUGGCCUCGUCUGUGCAACAGGGGGACCCCACCCGGCCAUGGCCCACCCCCGGGGAGAGUAACUACUGCGCCACCCUGCGCAGAACCGCCUUCGCCGCCCACAUCACCGGGGUGCUCCUGGAGGCCACGGUGUCCCUGGGAGCCUGCAGUGUCCUCCCCAACGUCUCCGUCGUGCCCAAAGGCAGGGCUAUCCUGAAAGAACGGCAGGUGCGCAGCGCCAUGGCGGGUCCCGGCUCGCCGGCCCCGGGCGAGGAUUUGGCGGCCCUGCGGCACCUGGUCCCGUUCCCCGAGGAGGUGGCCAGCGUCCUGACAGAGCAGGAGCAGCAGCUGUACCGCAGGGUCCUCCCGCUGGACUACCUCCGCUUCCUCACGCUAGACCUGGACGUGCCCGAGCCCCGCGGACUCCACGCCCAGCUGCAGGCCUCGCUGUGCCCGCGCGGGGGCCAUCGCAACACCGUGAGGGACCUGGUCUCGCGCUUCAAUGAAGUGAGCUCCUGGGCUACCUGGCUGAUCCUGACUGCAGGCUCAAUGGGAAAGAGAGAGGUCUUCUCCCACCUGGUCCAUGCUGCCAAGUGCUGCUGGAACAUGGCCAAUUACAACGCUGUAAUGGAGCUACUGGCUGGGCUCAGGUCCCGUAAGGUGCUGAAGAUGUGGCAGUUCAUGGACCAGUCGGACCUGGAGGCCAUGCGUGGCCUGAAGGACUCCAUGGCGCAGCACGAGUCCACGGCCGACUACAAGCGCAUACUGAACCGUGCCCUCCACAUUCCUGGCUGCAAGGUGGUCCCCUUCUGCGGAGUCUUCCUCAGGGAGCUCGGCGACGCCCUGGACGGAGCCGCCAGCCUCAUCAGCUUACACCCCGACGGGGACUCCAUCCAGUUUGUGACAGACUACAGAGGCCAGGAUCGCUUCCUGCAGAGGGCUGGGAGAGGAGGUCUGAGGAGCUCGGAGAAGGAGGCCACAGUCAGCAACAUCCUGCAGAUCAUACGCAGCUGCAACCGCAGCCUGGAGUCCGAGGAGGGCGAGGAGGGCAUGGGUGAAGGGGUUCCUCACAGGAACUCCUUUAACGACAAAAGCAGGAGCCAACUGUCUGUGGGGGACCUCUGGGAUUCGGAGGGGGAUCUGCCAGGUCUGUCCGGGGAGUCAGAGGUCCAGGGUCUGGACGAGUGGCAGAGGGCCUUUGCACACGGGACGGAGCUGAUCCCCUGGUACGUGCUCUCCAUCCGGGCCAACGUGCACCAGUUCCUCCUGCAGGGGGCGACGGUGAUCCACUAUGACCAGGACUCCCACCAAACCGCCCGCUGCCUGCUCCGUCUGCAGCCUGACAACUGCUCCCUCUCCUGGGCCAAGCUCCCCAUCUGCGGCUCCUCCAACAGCAAGGCCGAGUUCACCUACUGCCGGCCCCAGCCGUUCGGGCAGGCCGUGCUGAAUGGACUGACAGACGGGUUUCUGGACCUUUCCGUGGCGAAGGCGGUGUUCCUGGGACACCCUGGGGCGGAUGUGGGAGCGGUGUGUCUGCAGAACAAGCUGAGCGGUCUGAACCGCGAGGAGAGUGCAGUCACCCUGCUCUACGGCCACCACACCACCGAUAACAAGCUCCUGCACUUCAUAGCGCCCAAACACACUGCCCGCACGCUGCACGACGGGCUGGCCGACCUCAUCUCCGCACUCAGGAGAAUGAAGCGCUUUCCUGACCAGAGGCUCCAGUGGCUGAGAAAACAAUACGUCAGCCUCUAUCAGGAGGACGGCCGGUACGAGGGCCCCACCCUGCCCCAUGCUAUAGAGCUGUUUGGUGGGAGGCGCUGGAACACAGGAAGUGCAAGCGCUCAGAAGAGCAGCCCACUCACCAUUACCACUACCAGGAAGAAGAAGCCUCUGAUUAGGUCCUACAGCGGGGAUGCCACUGACGAUGAGGCCUGCUCUCGGAAGACGAAGAGCUGCAGAGACACGGUGAAUAGGCACGGCUCCGACCCCAGCCUGGAUAAGGACCCCCUCGAUGACAGCAGUUCCUCGGGUGUCCCGUUUUCCUCGUCCUCCAGUAAAAGUACCACCACCAGCAUCUCCAGCUCUCCCCCCACCCCCUCUACCCCACCCCAGGCACACUCCUCCCCAUUUACGUCUCCUUCUACACAGCCACACUCCUCUCCCAUCCUCCCUUCUGCUACCAAGGGGCAGGCCAGCGCUAGGGCCUGUUCUAACCGAGGAAAGGGUCUCAAGGGCUUCCAAAACCUCAUGGUCUCAGACACCCCCAUGACCUUUACUGAAUUUGUGGAGCUUUUCAAAUCCUUCAGCAUACGAAGUCGGAAGGACCUGAAGGAGCUGUUUGAAGCAUUUGCUGUCCCCUGCUGUCCAUCACCCCAGGACUCCACCCCUCUGUACACCAAACUCCGAAUCGAUGACAGACUCACGGGCCUGCAGCCUGAUCUGGACCUCCUGAUGCGUAAUGGCUCAGAAUUGGGCCUCUCCAUCCGGACCCAGCAGCUGAUUUCGGACAGCCAGAAGCAGAUCUCUGAUGCCAUCGCAGCAGCCAGCAUUAUGAGCAACGGCACUGGCGUGGAGAACGCAUCUCUGGGGGUGCUGGGCAUGGCUAUCCCCCAGCUCAACGACUUCCUGGUCAACUGCCAGGGGGAGCACCUCACCUACGACGAGAUCCUGAGCAUCAUACAGAAAUUUGAGCCAUGUGCAAGUAUGCGACAGAUGGGUUGGAUGUCAUUCGAGGGGUUUGCCAGGUUUAUAAUAGACAAGGAUAACUUUGCUUCCAAAAUGGAGGAAUCUCAGUUGAACCUGGAGGACCUGCAGUACCCUUUAUCCUACUAUUACAUCCAGUCCUCCCACAACACCUACCUCACGGCCCACCAGCUCAAAGGGGAGUCCUCUGUGGAGCUCUAUAGUCAGGUGCUGCUCCAGGGCUGCAGGAGUGUGGAGCUGGACUCAUGGGACGGAGAUGACGGGAUGCCCAUCAUUUACCAUGGUCACACCCUGACCACUAGAAUCCCCUUCAAGGAUGUGGUAGAGGCGGUGAACCGUUCUGCUUUUGUCACAUCCCAAAUGCCCGUCAUCAUUUCCAUUGAAAACCACUGCUCAUUGCCUCAGCAACGCAAGAUGGCCGAAAUCUUCAAGGCAGUUUUUGGGGAGAGGCUGGUGACCAAGUUCCUGUUUGAGAGUGAUUUCUCAGAUGAGCCACUGCUUCCGUCCCCGCUGCAGCUGAAGGGGAAGUUUCUGCUGAAGAAUAAGAAGCUGAAAGCGCACCAGGCCCCAGUGGACAUCCUAAAACAGAAGGCUCAUCAGCUGGCACACAUGCACGCCCAGGCUAGCAACGGCCACCAGCAUGAGGAGGAGGAGGAGGAGGAAGAUGAGUACGAUUAUGACUAUGAAUCACUGUCUGAUGUUGAUGUCUUUACCGCCUAUCCAGUUUCUUUUGGCCUGGAAGACCAGAUUCUGGAUGACCGCUCGGAGAAGUCCUCAGGAGAAUGUGAUGAAGCUCCUAAGAAGAUGAAGAAAGCCGAACACACAUCUCAAAGUAAAGGAAAGAUGUUCGAUAUGGAACUGGGGGAAGACUUUCAGCCUCUACGGAACAAGAAAGAGAACCGGCAGAUCGCACAGGAGCUUUCCGAUCUGAUUAUCUACUGCCAAGCCGUCAAGUUUCCAGGUUUCUCCACGCUGGCUUCGUCAGGUGCAGGAAAAGACAAAAAGUGCAGGAAGUCCAUCUUUAGCAAAUCCGUCACCGGAGAAAACAUACCGCCAUCCCGUGCUCCUGGGAAAGGUGCACACGACGCAGCGGGCGUGAGCUGGGAGGAGUCGACCGCCUCUCUGAGCGCGCUCAUGCGGACGCCGCGCUGCUACCACAUGUCGUCGCUGAACGAGAAUGUGGCGAAGCGUCUGUGCAGACGGUACUCGCAAAAGCUCAUCCAGCACACGACGGGCCAGCUCCUACGGGCCUACCCCGCGGCCACGCGCAUCGACUCCACCAACCCCAGCCCGCUGCUCUUCUGGGUCCACGGCAUCCAGCUGGUGGCCCUCAACUUCCAGACGGACGACUUGUCCAUGCAGCUGAACAGGACCAUGUUUGAGGCCUGUGGGGGCAGCGGCUAUGUGCUGAAACCCCCCGUGCUGUGGGACAGAACCUGCCCUCACUACCACACCUUCAGCCCUAUGGAGCGAGAGGUGGAGGGCAUGAGCCCCACACACUUCUCCAUCACUAUAAUUUCGGGUCAGAACGUGUGUCCUGGCAGUAACGGUGCCGGCAGCUCGUGCGUGGAGGUGGAUGUUCUGGGGGCGCCGGUAGACUGUGUACACUUCCGCACCAAACCCGUGCACCGCAACACCCUCAACCCCAUGUGGGGCGAGCGUUUCCCCUUCCACGUCCAGAUGGAGGAGCUGGCGUUCCUGCGCUUCGCUGUGGUGGAGAACAACAGCUCACAGGUCACCGCCCAGAGGAUCAUCCCCCUCAGAGCUCUGCGGUCAGGGUACAGGCACGUGCAGCUCAGGAACCUGCAGAAUGACAUGCUGGAGGUUUCCAGUUUGUUUGUGUUCAGCCAGAAAACAGAGGACAGUGCCUCCAGAAAUGUGGUCCCCGCUUCUGUGUUUUUCCUCACAGAAGAACAGAGGGCUGCUGUCCGGUAUAAAGUCACGGUUCACGGAGGUCCGGGUCCAGAGCCCUUCACAGUGCUGAGUGUGAAUCAGAAAACCACCGUCAGACAGCUGCUGGACAUGCUUUUGUUUCAGUCUGGGGUCUGUGCCUCAGACUGCAUCCUUGUGGAGGAGAAGGAGCCCAUCUGCAAAGAGAGGAGCGAUGUCCGGAGGCAGGGCCUCCACCGCUCCCUCGGCCCAGAAGAAGAGGUUCUCCAAGUCCUCAGCGGCUGGUCCCCAGACAAGGGUUACGUGGGAAGAAUCUGCUUCAAAACCAAAGAGGAAAGUUGGAGCAAUCGGGGAGGGGAGAAGGAGGGAGAGGAGGAGCGGAGGGAGAGAGCGGAGGAGGAACACAUCUUUGUCCAGGUGCACGAGGUGUCCCCAGGACAGCCGCACUGUGUCAUUAAGACCCAUCGUCUCAGCACUGCCCAGGAAGUCAUCCAGCAGGCUCUGAAGGAAGCCAGGCAGUCCUGCGGCGCUCCCAGCAGCCUGAGGCCCUCUGACUACAUGCUGGUGGAGGAAACGCUCAAGGAGACGGUGCAUAAGAAAGUCUCCAAGCUGAGCGAGAGGGUGCUGAGCGAGCAGGAGUGCGUGUACCAGGCGCAGAGCAGAUGGAAGGGCCCUCGCCGAUUUGUUCUAAAGCGCAGGGAGCCGGUCCAGACUGCGCGGGAUGACAAGUGGAAGGGCAUCUCCUUUGCCAGCGAACUGAAGAAACUGACCGGCCGCAGUCGGGGCGUUACUCUCAGUCCACCCUCCACCACAGAGAGCGCACGAGGCAGGGAUGAGAGGACUGCAUUCUUCUCACACCUCAGUGAAGCCACAGAGCAGGUCCUCUGAGGAGUGCACCCCCUACAGGGUGUUAGCCUGGGUACGGAUGGUUUGGGCUGGAUUAGGCGAAGCACCACAGCCAGACAGCCACACCCCCUGUGCGUGGUCUGUCCAUCUAUGGCAAAAUCGGAGCUGACAGGGUGGAGUCCUGCUGAGCUUGGUCCCGAUUGGCUGAAUAAUCAUCCAUAUAUGUAUAUAGCUUGUUGUCUUAGAGUUUGUUCUUGAAAUCUACUAUUAUAAAUGAAUUAAUAAUCUAUUUAUAAUAUUUAAAUUUCUAUGGGGUAUUCUAUUUCUAGCUCAUUGGUUAUUUAUGUUUUGUAUGGUUUGUAUACAACAAUCAUAAAAUUAUCAUGAAAACUAGUUUUUGCCAAAUGCUUGAUAAAACAUUGGGAAAUAUUAAUCUCCCCUUCAGUAUACUGUAUCAUCCUUUUUUGGACACUUUUCUGGGUCUUUUUUCAUUUCAAACAGAAUUGUUCUCUUUUUUUAAUUAAAUUUUAUAUUAACAACAAAAUCACUGUGUAUAUUAUGUGUAUUUUUUAUUAUUAUUAUUUUUUUGUUCCUGAUUGGAAGUCUUUAGUAUGUGAUAGGCUAGAGUUGCUUAAAGUUGUUUAAAGCCAUAGCAUCACAUUAGCACCCCCAGCAUUUUUUAUCAUUUGUUUUUAUGGCCUUCUUCAAUGCUGGUUGUGAUGUAUCAAUACCCUGUUAGCAUAUUGCUAUAUGGUGUAUUCACAUUGUGACAACUUUCUCUGUUGAAAUGUACAGUAAAUACAUUUUAUUAUCAAACAAAUAAAGCACAGUGAACACUAUUUUGGCUAUGUGAGAAACGUAUUCUCAAACACAGAUCCUUGUGUAGUUGUGUAGAUCCUUGUGAACUGAGAACCACAGGCUAAUAUGACUGUAAAUCUGACUCUGAUAUGAAAUGCUGAACAACCUUUCAGAAUGGCCCCUUCUCACUGUAAAUAAUAGUCUCUUCAAGUAGUAAAAUUGGGAUUUCCUCCAUGUGCCCAAGAAAA